AUGAAACUCUACACGAUCAUCACCGUCUUCUACACAACCUUUGACUUCAUCCAGGUCUCAGGUUCCUCUCUCAGUGACAAAGUCCACCAGAAUCCAUCUGAGAUGUUUGUAAAAUCUGGAGAAACCACCGACAUCAACUGUUCACACAGUAUUGACAACUACGACCGAAUCCUCUGGUACCAACAAUCAGAUGGAAGCCUGCAGGUCCUCGGAUACAUGUGCGUGGUUUCUAUAAAGAAGAUCACAGGAGAUGCAAAUAAAGGAAAAACCUGCACGUUUCAUCUGCUGGUGGAACAAACAGGACCUGAAAUGGGAGCUGGAUGCAGAGCCUCAAACUCCAACUCCUUCAACAUCACAUUCAUCAUCUGCAUGUUAAUGUUCUUGUAUUUCCCAGUAAAUAAAGGCGCCUCUGACACCAAACGGGUCGACCAAACUCCUCCUGCCAUCUUCAAGAGAGAUGGUGAAUCUGUGGACAGUGAGAUCAAAUGUUCACAUGAAAUACAAUACUAUGAAUUCAUUCUGUGGUACAAACAGGACAAACUCGGAGCUCUGAAGCUGCUGGGAUAUCUGAACAUGGAAUUUCAAAAUCCUGAAGAAGAUGUGAAGGGAAAAAUCAGCUUUGACGGAGAUGGCAGGAAGAAGUCCAGCCUCACAGUUUCUGACCUGAAACUGAACGACAGUGCCGUGUAUUUCUGUGCUGCUAGACGACACAGUGCUACAGAUUCCCUCAAAGUCUUUACAAAAACCUCAAUUUAUCUGUUUGACUGGCAGACGAGGCCUUCAGACUCCUGA